UAACUAUAAAUGUAUAUGUACGUUAGCUUUGAGGGGAAAAAAAAAAAAAAAACUUUGCGAGACAACUAUGAUUGAGCUAACAUUAUCAAGUAGCCUACUACAGCUUUUCCUCGGUUUACUUUCUAUUUCAUUUAUUGAAAAAAACAAAAAAAAACAUCUCCCUUAACCAAGAGCAUAGUUACCUCACUAGAUGCUCUUCAAUUUAUAUGUAGAGAUUAUAACCUCACUUGAAUAUGGCAGGGACCUCCAGACAUGAUCAUGAGAUGGCUAUAAACGCCAAAAAGCAGCUGGCUGUGUGCUCUGACCCUGUGGAGCGACUAAGGCUGCAGUGUCUCACAAGAGGCUCCUCUGGCAUCAAAGGUCUUGGCAGAACCUUCAAAAUAAUGGAUGACAACAACAACCGCAGUCUGGACUUCAAAGAGUUUGUGAAAGGCUUGAAUGACUACGGGGUCUUGAUGGAAAAAGAGGAGGCCACAGCUCUUUUUCAGCAGUUUGACAGAGAUGGCAGUGGGACCAUAGACUUUGAUGAAUUUCUCAUUACUCUCAGGCCACCAAUGUCAAAGGCCAGAAAGGAAGUGGUCAUGGAAGCUUUUCGGAAGCUUGAUAAGACCGGAGAUGGCGUGAUAACAGUAGAAGACCUCAGAGGUGUUUACAACGCCAAGUACCACCCCAAAUAUCAGAAUGGGGAAUGGACUGAGGAUCAGGUUUUCCGGACGUUUUUGGACAGCUUUGACUCCCCUUAUGAGAAGGAUGGAAAGGUAACCCAGGAAGAGUUUAUGAAUUAUUAUGCUGGUGUGAGUGCCUCCAUUGAUACAGAUGUCUACUUUAUUGUGAUGAUGAAAAAUGCCUGGAAAAUUUGACUUAGCAACACAGUACGGUAAACAAACUUGACUCAGUAGGAAGUAGCUUGAGGGGGUGGAUUUGAACAGUCAGGUGGCUUGGGACUUGGACCUCUUUCUUUUUCUUAUGGUACAAAAUGCUAUAUUUCCUUUAGCAAUAGAUUGUUGUCUCUUACAACUGAAACUCUGGUGAUGGGUGUUGAUCUGAUAACAUUGCAACCUCUUCAAAAAUGAUCAUCAAAAUUCAUCUCUUGACUGAAUUCUUAUUUUUUUGUAAAAUAGAUCAAACUAUUUUAAACUGGUUUGUUUUGAUGCAGGUGACCAAAGAUGAGUUCAUCAAUUACUACUCUGGGGUGAGUGCUUCCAUUGACCGUGACGUCUACUUCAUUCUCAUGAUGAAAAAUGCCUGGAGACUUUGAAUUCAUCAGUGUCAAGAAACAUGUCAGCACAAAAGUUAAUCUACAGCCAAUGUCUGUUCAAAGGAGAUAUUAACCUGUAAGUAGAUAGUAAUAGCUUAGUUUAUCUGUAGUUUACCACGUUUUUAAAAAGCUGGUUUAAGGGUUACACAGAGCAAUUACCAAAUGUACAUGGGAUUAAAGAAUACUUUAUUACAUUUGUGUCUAGUAUGUAGCCCAAGAUCAUUGUGUCUGUGGAAUUAAACAAAAACAAGUGUACGUUUUCAAUUAGGGUUUACCAAAGUGUCUUAGAUAUGUAUAUCCCCUCUUAAGUCAGCCAUCAAAUAAUGUGACAGCAUUUACUAUCAUGUCCUAUGCUCAGUGAUCCGUACAAUCUAUAUGAGACAAAUAUGGAAUGAUAAUGUAUUAGAAAUGCAGUGUGUUGACAUUUCCUGCAGGCUUUUAAGCCUGGAGCAGUUGGUGUUUUGGAUUUUUUUAUUAUUAUUAUUAUUUUUUUUUUUUAACCUUUAUUUAACCGGGAUAAUUAUGCAUACAAGAAAAUAUUUCCUGUACAUUGACCACAAGGUACUUUUAGGUAGAAAAAAAUAUUGACUUUGCUUAAUGUCUUAGUUUUUCACUUUUUUAAGAAAGAAAAUAUCAAUUUUCAAUAU